CGCCCGGAGUCCUUCGGGAGUGGGCGGCAUACAAGACCAGUAAAAUACAAAUAAUACAAAUAAAUACUUUUCACAACUAGAAAAACAGUACCAAAAAACCAGUAUGGAGCCAGUUCUUAAAAUCUGAACAGCCAGCAGGCAUCAGAUGAAUCAUAUAUAUCAUGCUAAGUAACGAAGACGAUUGUUCAGUAUUGAUUUAGCAUAUGAAUCCCUUAUAGCUUGUUCACCAAAUAAUGAUUAAAGAAGACAUGAUUGACUUGGAGGGCUGAUUCCAGAUACUAAGAGUUUACAGCUGUGAUCUUGCUAAAAAUAAAGUAGCUCAGUGCAAAGGGCUACUGUUUUAUUCUGUUUACUACUAUAUUUGUAAAUAAAACGAGUCUUCAGUAUUCUAUACGAAUGGAAAUUGAAGGUUAUGUAUUUGAAAUCAUUUAGCAAAAUUGGACAAAACAAUGGUGUGUUUAGAAUAAUCAUAAGAAGCUGAUCGUUUUCUAUUAUGCAAUUAUCUGAGAGAGAAACCUAGUUUUACAAAUUAAAUAUCUAAUUAUUGGUCAGCUGUGUUCUUCUUAGGUUCCCAAAGUGGAAGGCAUGAUUGAUUUCCAUGCUUUGGAGAAAGAGCUGGAAGAAGCUAUUGCCACAGAUGAGAAAUACCAGAGAGAAAAUGAGGCUAAAUUCCGAGCGGUACAUCAGAAAGUAUCAUCUUAUGAAGAAUUCAGAGAUAUUGUUCUAGCCUCCCAUUUGAAACCUCUGGAGAAAAAGGACAAAAUGGAAUGUGGCAGAAAUGUGUUGUGGAACUCCUGUGCAGUUAAAGCAAAUCACAAACAAGAGAGUAAGAUAGACUUGCCUCAGGAAUUAGAAAGCCUGCCUGAGACUUCUGCAGAGUUCUACAGAGAUUGGCGCAGAUGUAUGAAAAACAAUCAGGAUCGCUAUCUCCUCCUCCUCCAACUUGGAGCCCAAAACUUGGGCCGGAUCUUCCAAACAGAUCUUGCCUUUGGCCUCUUAGGUGAAUUUCUAGUGGUGCUGAACCAAAAUGCUUCCAUUAAAGACUGCAAUUUUAUCUUGGAUAUCUUGGAGAAUUUAUCAGGCACCAAACGUUUUGGACUGAACAUUGAACUCCUUAGUGAGAAAGAGAAAGAAAACUGCAGGCAAUUGUUUGAAAAAUUGCAAAAAAUAGAAAAUGACCUUGGCAAUUUUUCUGAAAUUCAAGAGAUUCCAGAUGAAGAUGGUACAGAUGCUACUCAAAUCCAUUGUCAAGGAGGUAAAGGAAUUGGAAAAAAAGUGUUAAAACUGAUGAACCUUUACCAAAUCUCCUUGAUCAAUUCUUGAGUAUAAUAACUAAUAACUAAAGAUGGAAACAUUGUAAUAUAAAAAAGACUAGAAUGCCUAUUAAAAACAUACCUAUCAGCCCUUUUAGUAUAUAUUGGAAAAAUAAGAGCAUAUGAAAAAUAGAUACCUAAUCAGAGAGGCUCACUUCUUGCUUUUUGUCUCAAUUGCAUUAAAUAUUAU